AUGCAAGAACUUGCAUGCCCAUACAUCAAUGUCAAAUUUGCAAAAGGAGAAUGUUGUAAUGGAAAUACCGGAGUUGUUUUAUUGGAAAAUCCUGUUCAAUCAAAUCCAAUCUCACUUCAUCAAUUAAAAGAACAAACUAAAGUACUAUUUGGACAACGUGGAAAAUCCCUCAAAUUGUUUGCUGGUCCAGAUCUUUCAACAGAGUUAGAAUCCAUGGAAGAAUUAUUGAGACAGAAAAUUGUUUUUGCUGCAGUUUAAGGGGGAAUAUUCAAAAGAUACAUUUUUUGCAACUUUUUUAAAACUAAAAAUGUUGUGUAUUUAGAAUAUUUUUCUCUUGAAGUUCAUUUAUAGUGUUUUGCAUUGGCAAAACACAUUAGUUCAAUUAUUGUAUAGUUUUUGAAACUGUUCAUUGCAAUCAUUGUUUCUCUGAACAAAAUGAUAGAAACUGUUGCCAUUUACAAUUUAUAAAUUCCAACUUUUUCUCUUAUGUAAGGACUGUCAGUUUAAACUCGGUGGCAAUAUGGUAGUUAAGUGGUGUUUGGAUAAUAUAAGAAGUUGUUUUUGAAGAAAAGUCGACAGUAGAUCGGUCAAAUUAUUAUGUGUCAAAUGUUUCCUUACAAAGCGGUUUUGAAUUUUCUGCAUGAAAAUAUAAUGGAGGGUGUGAUAUACUGGU